AUGUAAUAAAUUUAGGAAGAACUUGCCAAUCUCAAGUUAGAUUCAAAUACCACCGGCUUUAUCUAUUGCGAGGACUUUGAUAAACACUUUUCCAAUAAAAAACAUUUCGAAAAUCCAAAACGAACUUAAUCCAUAGAUUAAACCAUUUAAAAUUAUUUAUAUUAACAUGAUGCAAGAAAAAAGGUGGAAUAGUUGUCAUAGUUUAAUUAAUGCGAAAUCGAGUACUUGAGAUUAGUUUAUGAUUAAGCUUACAUAGAUUUUGUUGAGGGAUUAUUUGAAGAGGUAGGAGAUCAAAAGAAUCAGAAGGAAGUUGUUCACUUGAGUGAUACUUAUUUGUGCAAAACAUCAGCCUUUACUGCUAGAAAAUGUGUCUAAGCAGUCUUAGAGGGAGUUGAUAAGAUAUUAACAAAAGAAUGGAGGAAUGCAUUUUGCAGUGUUAGACCUCCUGGUCAUCACAGUGGACAUAAAGCAUAACCAACUGGUUUUUGUAUUUAUAAUAAUGUUGCUAUUGCUGCAAAAUACGCAAGAUUAAAACAUAAAGUCAAUAAAAUAGUUAUCUUUGAUUGGGAUGUCCAUCAUUGUGAUGGAACAGAGUUUGUAUUUUAUGAAGAUCCAAACACAUUAGUGAUUUCAAUUCAUAGAUAUGAUCAAGGUAACUUUUAUCCCAGAAGUGGGGAUCCUGAAAAAAUAGGAGGAAAAAAUGCAGAAUUUAAAAAUGUUAAUGUUGGAUGGAAUGUAACCGAUGGACCUGCUCCAGGAUAUGAUGACUAUGUCUACGCAUUUGAUAGAUUACUUGGUCCGAUCAUCAAGGAAUUUGCACCAGAUUUCAUUAUCAUAAGUGCUGGUUAUGAUUCAGCCAAAGGAGAUCCUCUUGGCUGUAUUGAUAAUACUCCCUAAGGCUAUUAAUACAUGACUGAAAAGUUAUCCUAAAUCUGUCCUAAAGUCUUGGCUGUUUUGGAAGGAGGAUACAACUUAGAUGUUACUGCUGAAUGUGCUUUAGCUACACUUUAAUAAUUGAUGGGAUUACCUUAAGAUUUUCCAGCCACAAUUGAACCAACUAAAUGCGGAGUCAGUGCAGUCACAACCACAGUUGAUAAGCAUAAGGAAUUUUGGACUUGUCUUACUUCAAAUGAUUUGAUGGAAUAUUAAAAAAAGUAUAUAGGAUAAACUGCUGAUUUAAUUUCAGGAGGACAUUUACAAUCAUUUCAAAUUAAAGAUGAUAUCAUUAUCAAGACCACAAAAAAAGGAGAAUUCUAAUUCUAUUCAACACUAAAUGAUAAAACCAAUCCAUUCUAUGAAGAAAAUCAAAGACUUAUUCGAUUCAUGCCUAAAUUGAUUUCUCUUGAUUAAUAAUCCUGUUCGAUAACCAUGGAAAAUCUAACUUAUGGCCUAGAGAAUGGAUCUAUUAUUGACUUAAAGAUAGGCUACAAAACAUAUAAUCCAAAUGGGUCAGCAUUAAAAAGAGAAAAAGAAAUUAAGAAGGCUAAACAAUGCGACCAGUUAAUUAUGGGUUUUAGAAUUGCUGGGGUUAAAGUAAGAGAUUAGAUUGGAGCACUGACUGUCAAUAAGAAUGGAUCUGAUGCUUAUAAAUGGAUAAGAAAUGAUAAAUAAAUGAAAGACAUUAUUGAGUAGGUUUUCAAAUCGAAUUAUGUCGAAUAACCUAAUAAAGAGGCACUCCAAGGUUCUAUUAAGUUUAUCUAGGAAUUAAUUGAAGCACUUCAAAAAAGCAAGAGAGUUUUUCGAAAUACUUCUAUUCUUAUCAUUGUGGAUAACAUGGCCAAAAAGUUUAGAAUCAAAUGGAUUGAUUUCAAUUAUGUUAUGAAGUUAUCAGAUGAUAGUGAAAAUCCUGAUGCACAAGUGGAUAAUAAUAUAUUAGGAGGACUCAAAUAUUUAUUAUCAAUGUUAAGAUAAAUAGAUUCGAAAUGAUCCCAUUAAUAUGUUGUGAAAGAGAAAGUUAUUAAGAGGCUAUCUUAAUUUAUUAAUAUUUAUCCAAA